AUGAGAUCUUUUAGUUUGUGCAUUGUGUUAGGCUUGGCUGUCACAGCUUAUAGUUUGCCAGUCUCAUAUAUGACUGAGCAAGAUGAAAAAUUUGCAGAGGAUUACCUGAAGAAAUUCUACAACCUAACAGAGGAGAGAGGUCCAGUAGCCAGACGUGGGAUCAGCUCUGUGAACAAGAAGCUGGCUGACAUGCAGAGAUUCUUUGGUCUAGAGAUCACUGGGGCGCUGGAUGCUGAAACCUUGGAGAUGAUGAGGAAGCCCAGAUGUGGCGUUCCAGAUGAGAGAAUGGCCCGUUACUCCACCUUUGGAAGAAACAUCAAGUGGCGGACAAACAAGCUUACAUACAGGAUAGUGAACCACACACCUGACAUGUCUGUGGCAGAGGUUGAUGACUCCAUAGAAAGAGCUCUGCAGGUUUGGGCCAGAGUCACUCCUCUGAGAUUCACCAGAAUAAGAAGAGGCACAGCUGACAUCAUGAUCUCCUUUGGCCGCCGAUCACAUGGUGACGCUUACCCCUUUGAUGGCCCUGGUGGAACUCUUGCCCAUGCCUUCGCCCCAGCCCCUGGUAUUGGAGGAGAUGCUCAUUUUGACGAGGAUGAGACCUUCACCCUCCGCUCAACCAGAGGAUUCGUCCUGUUCCUCGUAGCCGCCCACGAGUUUGGCCACUCUUUGGGAUUGUCUCACUCGAAUGAUCCUAAAGCACUCAUGUACCCCACCUAUGCAUAUAUAAACCCUGUCAACUACGUCCUGCCCCGGGAUGAUGUCAGAGGCAUCCAGUCUCUCUAUGGUCCAAACCCUGAUAAAGAUCCAGUUCAGCCUGGACCUCAGCCUCCCACCACACCCGAUUCCUGUGAUUCAACCAUGGCAUUGGACGCUGUAACCACCCUGCGAAGAGAGAUGCUCUUCUUCAAAGACAGCGUCCUCUGGCGUAACUACCCUGAGAGCAACGUAGCCCAACAAAGCCCCAUCACAAACUUCUGGCCUAAGGCUCCCGUCAACAUCGAUGCUGCCUACGAAAACCUAAAGUCAGACAGAAUCUUUCUGUUUAAAGACCGUAAAGUGUGGGCUUACUCUGGCACUAAUGCUGUACGUGGCUAUCCCAAAAGCCUGAGCAGUUUUGGUCUGCCAAUAUAUGUGACGAAAAUCGAUGCAGCCCUCCACGACGAGGAAUCUGGCAAGACUCUUCUGUUCUUUUUGGGCAAAUAUUACUUCAGCUAUGAUGAGGCCAGACAGACUUUGGACCGGAAAAUCCCCAAACGUGUUGAUCAGACCUUCAGUGGUAUGACCAGCAAGGUGACAGCAGCUAUUCAGCAAAGAGGUUUUACUUACCUCUACAGUGGACCCCACAUGUUUGAGUACGACCUGAAGACCGGCAGAAUGCACCGUAUGCUGAGGAACAACUACUUCCUGCGUUGCAAUGAUAAUUCAGACACACUCUGUGGAGCUGUUCCCACCACUUCACCUAGCCAAGAAGAGCUCUCUAAAGACUAUCUGUCUCAGUUCUACUCUGACCUGGGUGUCAGUUCUCCCAGCAGUACCUCACGCAGCGCUCUAGAUCCCUUUGAGGACACUCUCAGGAAAAUGCAGGAGUUUUUUGGUCUGGAGGUGACGGGGAAGUUGGACACCAACACCCUGGAAGUGAUGUCUCGCCCCCGCUGUGGCUUCACAGACGUGCUCAGAUAUGGCCACUUCGAUGGUCGACCCAAGUGGGACAAAAGUGUGGUCACAUACAGGGUAACUGACUACACACCAGACUUGAGCCAUAGUGUUGUGGAUGCCACCUUAGCUAAGGCUCUGAAACUCUACAGUGAUGUCAUUCCUCUGGAUUUCAAGCAGAUUGACACUGACACUGCUGACAUCAUGAUCAAGUUCAAGGCUAAAGAACAUGGAGACUUUGCUCCAUUCGAUGGGGAGGAUGGAGUCCUGGCUCAUGCAUUCUCUCCCGGAGAAGGCAUAGGAGGUGACACCCAUUUUGAUGAAGAUGAAAACUGGACUCUGACAUCAACAGGAUCCAACCUGUUCUUGGUGGCAGCCCAUGAAUUUGGCCAUGCACUGGGAUUAGCUCACUCUCAGGUCCAAACAGCGCUCAUGUAUCCCACCUACGAAUAUGUGAACACGGAGGGGUACAUGCUUCCAGAUGAUGACAGACAAGGAGUGCAGGCAAUCUAUGGAGUGAGAGGAACGUCAGCUCUUCCAGGACCACGGCCUGCACCCACAGCAGAACCUAGCCCAGAUGCUUGCAGUCCAGAUUUGGAAUUUGAUGCUGUUACCUUCAUUGGGCGCAAUCUCUACUUCUUUAAAGACAGACAUUACUGGAAGAGGAGCAGCAGAUGGGACAGAAUCGUUACGGGGAAAAUUCAGUCUGUCUGGCCUGGAAUCAACAAAGUCGAUGCCGCUUAUGAGAAAGGCAACACUGUUGUUUUGUUUGAAGGGGAUCAUUACUGGAAGGUCAGAGGAAAAACUGUCCUACCUGGUUAUCCUAAACCUCUCACCGACUUUGGCUUCUCUCGGUCUGUCACCAAAGUAGAUGCUGCUGUCCAUGUGCCAUUCAAAAGCAGAACCCUGCUCUUUGUGGGUAGUAGAUACUGGCGCUACAAUGAAGAGAGGGGGAGAAUGCAUAUCGGGUACCCAAAAUCUAUUGACAGAGGCUUCCCUGGGAUUGGCUACAGGGUGGAUGCUGCUUUUGAGAACAGAGGUUACCUGUACUUUUCAUAUGGAUCCAAACAGAAAGUGUACAGCUACAGAGGAAGAGAAAGAGUGCUUGGCAUUCUGUCGAACAACAGAUGGAUGAAUUGUGACUAA